CGGGAUUUGGUCGAACGUACCCGCCGCGCGGCGACAGGACGCCCACGAGUUUUUCUUAGAGUGGGUGAAUCAGCUGCACGACGAGAUGCUGGCCGCCUCCGAGCAGUGGUCUCGGGAGGAUCCCGCGCAGUCUGACGAGCGGGCAGGCUUCGCGCUGGCCACCCAGCAGCAUUUCGAUUCGGAGCUGCGGAAGCGGCUUGUGUGCGAGACUUGCGGAGACCACCGCGACGUCCACGAGAGGUUCCGGGACUUCUCCCUGGACUUCGACAAGAGCCAGUCGGAUUCCCCGCUCCAGCUCAUGCUGAAGUCGUACUUCGAGCAGGAGAGCCUGGAGGCAAAGUGCGAGCGCUGCGGCUGCGGCCGCGCGCGGAUGGAGAAGAGCCUCACGAGCGCGCCGCGGGUGUUGGUGCUGCACCUGAAGAGGUUCGUGCCCAACCCUUCGCUGCAGCGGUACGAGAAGCAGCACGGCAGCGUGCGCAUCCCUUCGGUGCUCGACCUCUCCCAGUGCGUAGGCUGCCUGGGCGGGGGCGCCUCGGCGGCCGCCUCGCCGGCCGCCUCGCCGCAGCGCCCCCCCGCGCGGCCCCUGGCGGCCGAAGCUCGGAGCACGCCCGUGGCGCCCCUGGCACCCACGGCGGCGGGCAGCGUGCCCGGGGCCGAGACGCCGCCGCCGCGCGGCGGCGCAGGCGCAGGCGCAGGAGCCGGCCCGCGCGGAAGAGCAGCCCCUCGCCAGCUGUGGCCUUCUGGUGCGGGCCCACGGGCGCCCCCGAUGCCGCUGCCCUUCCCUCGCUCUGGCCUUUCCUGGACCUCCCUGGAGGCCCUCGUCGCCAGGGCUGGAUUCUCUUCGAGAUUCUGGUCAGGACGAACCUCGGGAGAGGUCAAUGGGGUGGCAGUAUGGGUACCGUUUGGUUCCCCCAGCCGCAUUUGCCUGCGUCGUGCGGGCCUGGGAAGAGAGCAAAUCGCUCCAGAGCGUUUCGGAACGCUCCCAGAGUGUUUCCGGGACGCUCCAGAACGGCUGCGGCGCCCGAUACGUCCUGGAGACCCGCUGGCUCUAGGAGAUCCCCACUCUAUCCUCAUUCGAACUUGGCCUCGCCAUGUCUUCGUCUGA